AUUUUUGCUCUUUAGUUAUAGAAAAGGCAAAUUUGUUUCACAAAAUUCAGCCACUUUGCAGAAACUCUGAUUCCAAGUCGACAUGAAGCUGUUCGUUGUUUUUGCGGCCUUGUUGGUGGGAGUACUGGUGAAUGAAAUCGACGGCGCCUGUCGCGAUAUUUCAAGUCGUUGCGGACGAUACGCAAACAAAUACAACUGUGACAACAACUCCUAUGUGAGAAAACGAUGCCAGAAGAGUUGCGGCUUGUGUGGAGGACCUCCACCAACAGAACGACCACGCCCACCUGUGAAUACAAAUCAACCUCCUCCCCCUCCUUCCUCAGGAAAAUGUGGAUCGCGACCUAACACUCGCAUCGUUGGUGGUACCCAGGCUUCUCCCGGUAGUUGGCCCUGGCAAGCCAUGCUUCGUACACCAAGUGGAUUCGGUUUCUGUGGUGGCACCUUAGUUGAUCCGCAAUGGGUUCUAACUGCGUCACAUUGUGUUUCUGGGAAAAGUCCAAGAAGUCUUAGAGUGCGAAUGGGAGCUCAUAGCAAAAGAGGAAAUGACAAAACUGCUCAAGAUUUUUCAGUCCAACGAAUUAUUAUGCACGAGAGUUACAAAAGACCAUACGGUCUAAGUAACGAUAUAGCUCUGUUGAAGCUCAGCAAGCCAGCUCAAAUCAAUAACUACGUGGGACUUGCAUGUCUGCCUGACGAUUCAACACCAAGCUUGCCUAUCGAUAAUAUGUCCAAGAAAUGCUGGAUUACAGGAUGGGGCACCCUCUCCUCCGGCGGCUCAUCACCCAGAGUCCUCAUGCAAGCAUCAGUACCACUGGUUUCCAAGCAACGCUGUCUGCGUGGAUAUCCAAGGCAGAUCCAUGACUCCAUGCUGUGCGCAGGAUAUGAUCAGGGGGGAGUAGACUCCUGUCAAGGCGACAGUGGGGGACCUCUAGUGUGUGAGUUCGGAGGCAAGUGGUAUCUUGAAGGAGCCACUAGCUGGGGUCAUGGUUGUGCGGCCCGCGGCAAGUACGGUGUCUACGCCAACAUAAGAUACCUGAGGUCAUGGGUGAGAGGCAAGAUGGGCAGAUAUUAAGCCUCGAGUCAUGAUCAUGUAAUGAACUUGAUUUUGAAAAGUAAUAAAAUAUGUUUUGAGCUUAGGGCCA